AUGUACAUGCAAUGUCAUCUGGACGGCUGUAUUGAUGCCAUUCAUGUCUUCGCUUUCUCCAUUUUGGCGGACUUAGGGUGGGCCCGAACCUUACACCCGGUCCUCGAGCUGCGACGUGAUGCGCCUGACUUCAACGUCUGCUAUGGAAAGCGCGAUGCCGACUUCAACGCUCAGGGUGAGUAUCUCGUCCCAGGCUCUGCAGCACUCAGGGCACAAGCUUCACGUUGUUCUCAGACUGGUUCGGCGAACUCGGUCGGUGUCUCAGCCAACGUAGCAGCAACACAGAUAUGCAUGCGUGUUUCCCGGUUCCUUACAGCCUGGAUCGACGCAACGAGCUCAGUCAAGUCAAGCGUGAAGAUCGGAUCGAAUUCCUCCAAGUUUUUGUCCAACGACGGAUUUACGGCAUUUUCCUAA